UCCCGGUCGGACGAGCAGGAGCCGCAGGAGCCGGGCACAGCCGAGGCUUCCAUCCGCCAGAGGCAGCGACAUCCAUCGGGAGAGAGAGAGGCCGGAGGCCGGAGAGCAGACGUCAGCGGCGCGGUGCACACGACGGAGUCUCGCAGCGGCUGAAGGCGGUGACAGUCCCCGGCAGACAGCGAAGACCUCCCGUGGAAAUGACCGCAGACGUGGCGGUGUCGCUGUCGGUGCUCGCGGGGAUCGUCGCGCUGAGCUAUGCGACACGCAGGUUUUUGAACAGGACCCUCGCGGGCACCGGGCUCUCGGGUUACGCCGGGGAGCUCGUGUCCACCUUCCAGCUGUGCUGCUGCACGCACGAGCUAAAGCUGCUGUCCGAGGUGGGCGGGAUCGAGCCUCGACUCGCGCUUACGUUGACGUACCUGGCGUCCGUGGUCCACGGGCUCACCUUCUGCGGGGCCAUCGGGAACCCCUCCGGUGCACUCGAGCACGCGUACCACGCGAGGAUCUCGGGUCGGUGCGCCCUCGGGCGGAUCGCGUGCCAGUUCGCUGCGGCCGCCGCUGCCCGAGUCGCGGUGCCGGUGAUCUGGGGCUUGGGCUUGUCGAGACUGCACGUGCGGCACAAGUUGCUAGGUUACCGGUGCGUCAGCCCCAUUCGCGCGCAGCUGCCCGAGGCCGCCGCCGUGGAGCUCGCGUGCGCCUUUGUGGUACAGACUGCCAUUACGCGCACGCGAUCGGUGGAGGAGAAAUACCGCGUGCACGCGGUGGCUGCGGUCAUCGCAGCAGUGGUUUAUGCAGGUGGCAGAGUGACGGGAGCGGUGUUUAACCCGGCCUUGGCCUUCUCCACACAGUUCCCCUGCAGUGGAAACUCCUUCCUGGACUACUGCCUGGUCUACUGCCUGGGCCCGCUGCUGGGUACGAUGAGCUCAGUGCUGCUGUUGGACAAACUCGUCCCUCUGCUGUCAGGGAGAUCGCCGCCUCUCCGCCUCCCCCCGGAGACCAAGAAGAGGACAUGAGCAUCGCAGGGCGGCGUUUCACACCCAGAGGACAUGUGGACAAUCGCUGACUGAUUUCGGUCAUCAGAAGCUAGAAAAAGAACAACGCUGAUGUACACUUUGUUGAAGAGUGUUCAAUGUGAAGGGUUUCUCCGCGAUGGACCGCGACUAUGCAGACGUUAGAUGAUUUCACCUCAGGAGCACAUGUUGGAAGCUAAAAUCAAAACUAAAGACACUCAUUUUAUGGGUUGUUUUUUUUAAAUGGGGGAAUUCAGAAGUUUACUUGCCACGUUUUUACUUUCCAGCUGCAAAAUUAGUUUUUACAACAGAGGUGUUUGGCUGACCGAUAAAAAUAAACACUAUCCUUGAGUUUCUUUCCGUUCAGCUCCACCACAUUUAAAACUUUCAGACACUUUUUGGGCCACCACCCCGGAGCCGAUGUCGCCUCUCCAGCUGUUAAAACAACUUUCACUGGAAUAUCAACAACUGUAACUGAAAGAAAGUUUGCCUGUUCUUAGUUUGAUGACAGUUGUGACUGGAUCUACGCAGCUGGUUAAAACACACCAACAUUUACUUGCCUGUUUUUUUUUUUUGGUAAUGUCAAGCUCUGCAUAACUUGAAAAUUGACGUUGUAAACUUAAGAAUUUGAUGUUCCAAACUUUAUUUGAAUAGCACUUUUCUUAACAAAGUUACAAAAUACAUAACUGUACAUUAUUAAUGUUUAUACUUCCUGUGACAUUCCAGAGCCAAGCACAGUGUGGGAAUGUCGCACUGCACAAGGUCUAGGUUAGUUUUUGCACAGAUUUAAUUGGUGCCUCGGAAUUCUCUGUAAAAACUGUAAAGGCGGAUUAAACUGUUGUGAUAAGAUUGAA